GCUGUUUCCUGUUGAAAAUGUCUCUGUAAUGUAGAUAAAUGUGAGGGAUUUUCUCUCCAAAUCCGUCUCCCGUUCGCUAAAUCUCACUUCUCCACAACGAGCCUGCGCAAUGGAACAAAGUCGGAAUAUUGAGAUGUGACAUUGCCCGCAUCUCAUCCUCUUUCUCGCUUUUUAAUGACUUCAAACAAGUUCAUUUUUGCUGGGCUUUUGCUGGAGACCCAAGGGGAUGUCUAGCGGUCAUUUCUUCCAGGGGCACUGGUGUGAUGUCUUUAAGUGCAUAGACCUAAUGUAUUCCUGGUUCCCCUCUCUCUGGGAUGCAGUGUACCAUGCGCUGUCUCUCGUGCACCCACACCCUCUCACUGGUGCUGUGCGUCCUCGCGUUGACUCCCGCGACACUGGAGGCGGGGCCGGAGACGCUGUGCGGGGCGGAGCUUGUAGACACGCUGCAGUUUGUGUGUGGAGACAGGGGCUUUUAUUUCAGCAAACCAACAGGAUAUGGGCCUAGUUCGAGGCGGUCGCACAACCGCGGCAUUGUGGACGAAUGCUGCUUUCAGAGCUGCGAACUGCGGCGCCUCGAGAUGUACUGUGCACCCGUGAAAACCGGCAAAUCUCCACGAUCCCUACGAGCGCAACGGCACACAGAUAUCACCAGGACAGCAAAGAAACCUAUAUCUGGACAUAGCCACUCUUCCUGUAAGGAGGUUCAUCAGAAGAACUCAAGCCGAGGAAACACAGGGGGCAGAAACUAUCGCAUGUAGAGGACAGCGAGGGGAACGGCUGAGAGAGACAAGUGAAACUGUUGGACAGUGGAAAACAGGGGAUGAAAGAAAGACUGGUCUUCCAGAGACGUGCUCCACUGUAAAAAGAAAAAAAAAAAAAGAAAAAAGGAAAAAAAAAAGAUACUGGAUGUUUAAGCCCCAUGUUAAGACAAACAAGCUUAGUGAAGAAAAUCUGAUGAUUUCCAUGCACUGCACCAUUUCAUACUGGGGGAAAAUACUAAAUUAGCUGCUAUAAAGAGUCAAAUGAUAACUGUUUAUCCUCCUUGUGUGAACGGUUGCACCUAAUGGAUGUCGAAAGCUUUUUAUAGUGGCAAAAAAAAUGUGUCAGAGCCCAAAUAUUGGCCCUACUCUAGUUCGCAGCACCGAUUUAAGGUCCGUAUUCCACUGAAUUCUUAUUACAAUCCGGAUCUAGCGGAAGAAAGUUGCAAUAUUUUAUCUAAAAAAACAGCUUUUUGUGGGAAAACGUGCUGCCUUAAUGCAAAACGUUACAAGUUCCGCUGCCAAGAGAGGAGUUCGCAGUGAGAUCACGGACCGUGUUGACAAGAAAGGCUGUCUAGACAGUUUAUACCAGAUGGAACCCUUGCAAAACUGAACUACGGCUGCACAGAAUGAUGACCUUUAAAUUACAAAUCAAUCUUUUCUUAUUUGAUUCAUAGUGCAAGACCAGAUCAAGGGGGAUUAUACAAAAGCCUUAUGCAGAUGUGCUGAGGUGCUCUAGAGAACACAUUUAGGAUUGAUAGAACAUGACCUACAUCCUGCAAAACACCUUGUGUGUGUUUUUUUAAAAUUGUGUGUGAGGGAUCUUUGCUUCUUUUUUUAAAUAAUUUUAACUGCAUGGUUUACCUUCUUUAGAAAAUGGGAGGUGAAAGCCAUUCACUCGAACAGUUAUCCGCAUGCAUUUACACCAGUGUAUCAGCACGUACAGGAAAGACAGAGGGAAGACAACAGAAACCAUAACAGAAACAUAAAAAUUGCUAGCAAUUGUAAGGUAUAAACAUCAAUAAGAACAUAAUCUGUUUCAGCAACUACUUUUUAUCUAACAGGAAGUUGCAGGUUUGCAUCUUUAUAGUGAAAGACUGGUGACAUGAGCCGGACUGCAACUCUGCAACUAGCUGUAUUAAAGGGAUAUUUCACCCCAAAAUUAAAAUUAUGUCAUUCCUUACUCAUUUUACUUUACCCCCUCAUGGGUUAACUUCCAGUCCAUUUUUACUGCUCCUAUAAAAUAAAAAGACAAUUGCAACUUAUUUUGCGUAAUACAACUUUAUGGUCAACAAUGUGACCAUUUUUUAUUUUAAAAAUUCUCACAAUUAACUUUUUUUUUCUCUGAAGCAGAAAUGGACAUCUAUAAAGGUGAAAAUUUUCAGUGAAUAACAACUUGAAUUUCUGCAUUUCACACUUAAAAAAGGAAUUGUGUUGAUUUUGUCCAUUUUGGAGCUUUAUAGAGUGCAACAGUUGGGUUCCAGAAGUAAAACUCCAUUCAUUUUCUCCAUAAGGAAACUUCUAAACUGUGAGCUAUGAGGUUGUUAAUCGAUAGCAUUUGCUUCUAUUGAAGCCAUCAGCCAGCAUUAUUUCAACUUAGUUUCAAAAUAAUCAUGUUUAACAGUGGAAUUUGUGGUGAAAAACUACAUUACCCAUGAUGCUGUACAGAAAAUUCCACCAAUCAGAGAGUCAAAUAAGCAAAACGCGCCAAAAGAUCUCUUUAGCCCCGCCCACUCCCAUUAAGCACUGCAAAUGACGUAAUCGAGUCAGUCUGCCUACACUCAAAAUCGAUAUUUCGAUAUAUUCAAUAUAAUAUUUUGCAAUAAACUUUAAAUAUAUUGUUUAUUCAUUCAUUCAUCAUGUCUCAUUCAUUCAAAUAUAUAUUCAACAUUUUUAAAUGUGUAGUUUUAUAUUUCUCCAUCAUUUUUAAUUUGAUUACAUUGUUCGCAAUGCUUCAUGGGAUUGUAGUUCUUUCCCUCACUAUAGCUGGUAAGUACACAGUCUUGUCCCUUUGUAUUUUUGUCAGAUUUUCAAAUACUUUUUUGCUUCAAAUCUAAGUUUGCAAUGUUAUGAUUCACCUCGCAGCUGGUUGGCUUGGUUCAUGGCCUAUAACGCUUUAACGAAGACUUUUAAAUCCGUAUGGGAGAAAUGAAUGGAAAAAAUACUUCCGGAACCAACGCCGCUGAAAAAGUGGGCGGGCACUGUUGCACUCUAUAGACAUGGUCACUCUAUCAUUAUAUAGCAAAUAUUUGUUUUAAAAUUCUUCUUCUGAAAAAGAAAUGUUAUCAAUGAUGCUACAUAAAUGACAGAAUUUGUGUUUUUGUGUGAACUAUCCCUCUACACACCACUUUAAGUGGCUGUCAGAGGGGUCGUGGGGUGUGAUCCAGCCGUUUUCACAGUCCCUCUGCAUGGUGUUUUCCUCUUUUCUGAACCCUUCGGAUCAUGUCAACCCACACUGUUUACUCUGUAUCUAUAUUCAACCUAUAUUAACCUUUGCAUUCUCUAACCAUAAUCGUAUGUGAUGGCAUCAUAUAGCGGAACCAUAUAAAAGAUCAACCCACUGUAUAAUGGUGCUAUUUUGUAGUUUGUUACUUGCAGGGGUUGGCUGAAAACAUAGGUGAUAGCUUGAAAGCUCAAUGUUGGAGGUCUUCCCUUUUGCACAGCCUUGUGGCCACCAUUGUAAUAAUAUUCUUUUAUUUUUAAGCUAUUUCAAUAAGGUAACAGUGUAAGCGAGCGAAAGUAUUUUUGUGAGAGCUGUGAAUGCAUGGAAAAAAAUGUGGCCCGAGAUGGUUAAUUGCUGUUUUUGUUUUCUCUACGGUUUUGAAAUUAUUAAUAUUUUUGAAACAAUAAUGUCCCAAUGCCAAAUAACUUGACAGAGUACUGUGAACUGCAAAUCUCCAACGUUACCAAGAUUUUGACCACCACAAUGUAGCUUUUCAUGCGCAUUACAUUCAUUUUGACAUCCUGGCACUGAUUCUACAAAUCAAGUAUUUGUAACUGGCAAGUAAAUGGGGCAAAAUAGUCUUCAGUGUAAUACAGAGACAAGAAAGAGUAAUAAUAGAGUUACACUACAGUUCAACCAGCUAGCAACAGUGUAAUUUGGCUAACACUGUACGAGCCUAUUCAGGACCGUUGGUUUUCUUUUCACCUGCCUAUGUUUUUACUUAUCGAUAUGUCUAGGGAAGUUUAAUAGGAAAAUUGCACCAAAAUUAUUUAAAUUACACCAGUGCAAUGAAGAAAGGUUAUUUGUGUUUUAAAUAACAGCACAUUAGCCAUCCGAAGAUAAAUCAUCUACAGUAAAAACAAGAUGGAUGCCAUUUUCAAAAAGGCAACUAUCCAUUUUUUGACAUCCUAAUUUGUGUCUUAAAGUGUUUGUACUUUUGAACUGGGCCGUAUUUGUUUCAAAAGUGUGCAUAUUUUCUCAAUCAGCAUUAAGAAACAAUAGAACAAUGUAGAAUCAUAUGCAAUAGCCACCCAGAAUAUCUAUGUAAAGUGCACAAGUUCUUUGAUUGUAAUAGACCUCCAGCAAAAGGUCCUCACAAAAUACCAAAGACUUUGGUUUGUUGGUUAUAGCUUUGUUGCUAAUAUCAUUGGCAACAUUAAAGAAACUUCUUGAAUCUUCAAUUAGACACACUAAGGAACAUAUUGUUACAGAAAUAUCAUGCUUUUUUUUUAAGUGGUUCUGUUUCCUCUUAAAUUGAAUGUAGGAUUUAAGACUGCUGAGGAGAUUUGCUUGUGCUUGAUAGUUUUCAUCAGAACAUGUCUACAUAAAUCCAGAGACAGAAACAGAAUGACAAAUAUUAGAGGAUUCUGGGCAUUGAUCAUUAAAGCAUUUUUUGAUUGUGAGGCUUUCAUUACUGGUGCUCAAUUGCUUUCUGUACAAAUAUGAAAAUACUGACAGAUUGUUCACCAUUCCUGCUGAAUAAACCACUUGUCAAUA